AUGGAAAAAGAAUCAGUAUACAACUUAGCACUAAAAUGUGCUGAGCGGCAAUUGACCUCCAUGGAAUUUUCGAACCUUUACAAGGAAUUCUUUAAUGAAAAGUUCCCGUCUUUGAUUCAAGAGGAAGAAGAAGAUACAACAACAACUGCAAAUAUAAAUGAGGUCAAGAAAGCGUCCGAUUUGGUGGAUACACCCAGCAACAACACGGCUGCUACUGCAGAUACUACACACUUACACGAGGCUCUAGAUAUUGUUUGCUCCGAUUUUGUUAAAAUAUUAAACCUGGAGAAGCCUCUUAUCUUGGCAGAUUAUAUCGUUGAGGUAUUGCUUGUGAACUACAACUCAGAUAUGAUAAAAUGCUUUCUGCCUAAAUUGAAUUCCGUUAGGAACUCCUUGCUAUUGGCCCAUUUUUUCUCCAAAUCUUGUUCAUUCUUUGCCAAAUUAUCAGAUACUUUGAUAAUUGAUCAAGUACGCAAGGAUUUGGGCAACGUCAUAGUACCGAAUAUCUUAAGUCUAGACAUGAAUAGUAUGAAUAAAGAAUUGAUUGCCAUAGUAUCAAAGCUUUUGCAAACAACUUUAAAACUCUCUCCUUCACCAAUUCUUUUAACUUCUGCCGGCUGUAAAAAUGGGUCUUUUACGCUACUAAAUCAGUUGUCUCAAACCAACAAGUUACUUUUUAAAAGGGUUUCUCAGACUUUUGAAGCAAAAUUACAUUUCAAAGAUACCAAGCCAUUUUUAAACAAAGAUUCCACUAACGAAUUCGUAGGUUCUCCUUCAUUAACCUCCCCUCAAUAUAUCCCAAGUCCACUUUCUUCAACAAAACCUCCAGGAUCAGUCAAUUCUGCUGCCAAAUACAAAGACAUGAAGCUUCUUCGUUACUAUAAAAACAUUUGGCUGAACAAUAAAAUUAUCAAUUGGGAAAUAUCGAACCCAGACUUCCUAUCAAAAUAUUCUGCGAUUACUUCUUCUAUAUUUCAAGAGAGCUUUAAUUCAGUUCAAAACUUGGACCAGUUACUCACAGACUUGAUUGAGACAUCGUUUACUUGUUUUGCUCAAUUCGUUAGCAAUAAGCAAUAUCAUCAGGCAAAUUCUAAUUUGACUCUGUUAGAAAGAAAGUGGGUCAUAUUUAUAACAAAACAUCUACCAUUAUUAAUCCUGGAAAACUCUUCAAGAAGUCCUCGUGUAGUCACGAAUGCUCUGGAUAAUAUUGACGAAAAAGUCGUUAAAGCAAUCAGAAUAUACUUCACCGAAAAAGAUGAUAACAAAACCAAUAAUGAAGAUCUAUUUGAUGAUUAUCCAUCUACAAGCUUGGAUAUAAGACACGAUUUUAUCAAAGGGUUGAUUAUGUUAAAUUUACAGCCUGCGUCCGUUAUCAACAAUUACUUAAGAGAGGACCAAAUGAUCGACACCAGUAUUUUACCUACCCGUGAUGAUUUGUUUGUUCGUAAUUUGCAAGGCAUUCAAGAAGUCGUCCAUAAUACCAACAGUUUCAUCAUUUCAUCCUUAGAUACUUUAGAGUUAGAAUCGAUAACCGAAUCGAUCACACAUGAUUCGAGUAACGGACUAUUUCAAGUAUUACACAAUUUUGAAUCUGUAGCUCCGACAAAACAACGUGAGAUAGUAAAAGCCUUUUUAUCUAUAUUUGAAGAUGCAAUAAAAGAAUUGAAUUAUAAUAGAAUAGCCAAGAUAUGUGCUCUUUUGUUUUUCAACUUUUCACAUUCAUUGACCACAAUUCUAUCAUUUUCUUCGCCAGCAGCACUAAUGAAAACAUUGAUAAAAUUCGUUGAUUUGUCUAGAAAUGGCAGAAAUGGCUCAAACGGUAAUGAUGAAAGUUCAGAAUAUGAAACGAUAAAUAUAUCUUUGUCAUUUUCUUGGGCAAUUUUACUGAUAAUCAACCUAACACAAACAUAUGGCAUAUCUGUGGUGGAUGUGGCACUUAAGUAUCCUGAAUUGAGCAUAAAAAAUUCCUUUAUAAUCAAUUUCAUUUCAAAUCUACCUAAUGUCUCAGAUAAGUACUAUUUGGAAGAAUCAAAUGUGAAUGAUUCAGAUAUGCUAACAAAGUCUCAUAAUACCGUUCAAAGCUGGCUUUGUGAUCUUUUUGUUAAUGGGUCCAUAACAGAUCAAUUGAUCCAAAAUAUUGAAACAAGGCAAUUGGCUAAUCUCAUACCAUUUAUUGUUAAACAGGUUUUGCUAUCUGUUGAAAUAGGCGUUUUAACGGAUAUUUCAAGUCUGAUAGGUGGCUUCGAAUAUUUCUUACAACCUUUACUAUUAGUUGGGCUAAUCAAAACUUUUUAUUGGCUAGAACAAUUUCUUUCUUGCGUCAAGAACGACACAAUAUCUGAAGAUAUUUUACAAGGGAUAUUCAAUUUAUUGAAUACACUUUUCAACCCAGUAACUCUUAACGAGGAUUCGAAAGCGUUCCACACGGCUGUACUGAGGUUGAAUGCAAUUCCACUACUCAAAGUUCUCCGCAAAUUUAGAGUUCAGAGCCAGUCAAAUUAUGGUAUCUACUCUUCUGAUGCCCAAGGUGAUCCUAACUUAGAACCUUUGAUAGCCAAAUUAGUUGCCGUUCUUAAUGUAUCACCCGUUUAUGACGUCGAUCCAAGAAUUAUCAAUUCAGAGAACGAUUAUUCUAGAAAGCAGUUGGGUUACGGUAAAUUCCUAAUUUUGAACGAAAACCCGAUUAACAAGAUAAUGACGAACCAAAUUAACUCAUUCUGGAGUCUCCACAGCAGCACAUAUUAUAACUUAGAUUAUCUAUUUGAGUUAAUUGAAUUGGUUACCCCAAAAAGUUUCCUUUUUGAUGUUUUGAAAACAUUAGAAUAUAAACUAGCCACUUAUGGGGUCCCUGGUUCUGAAAAUAAGAGGGGAUCAUUGGAUUCAGAGCAUGUUUUCGAUUAUUUCUUCUACUUUCUUGUACUAUAUGAUGUGAAAACCGCGGAGGAAGCCAGUCAACUAAUAGAAUAUAUGGAGAACGACGCAAAAAAAAGUAAGGGGGACGUUGAUAUAAAGGGAGAAGACUUACAUGAGAAAAAUGACUCAGCUGAGGUGAGGCAAGAAACUCAACCAAAAGCUGAAGCUACCCAAGACGAUGAUUUCGAUAUGCUUUUUGGCGAGAAUGAUACAAGCACUCAAGCUUACGAAGAAGAAGAAGAGAAUGAGGAUAACGACGGCAAUAAUAGAACAAACAAUGUACCAAUGAUAAAAGCAGAAGAAACUCCUAGUAAAACUAAUAAGAUAUCCAUUUUAAAGAGACAUUCGUUUGCGGUACUUCUGCAUGAAAGAAAAUUAUUGAAUGAUUUAGCUUUGGAAAACGGCGAAAUAACCAAGACAGAAAAUGAGAAAUUUAUCAGUUAUCACGAUAAGUACUUGUGUAUGCUGAAAACAUGCGUAUUCUGA